AAAGACGUGCGAGAAGAGCAAAUCCGCGAGUAGUGCUAGAUUGAAAAGUUUGUGUUGUAUGAAUAGACAUCGAAGGAGUGAAAUAAUGUUUCCUAAGCAGAAAUCCAUCGAUAAGAGCAAUAAAAUGUCGGAAAUUGAUGAGAGCAUCGCGAAGAACUUCGACAUGAAGAGGAGGCUGGGAAAAGGCGCUUAUGGAAUAGUGUGGAAGGCAGUGGAUAGGACGACAUCGAAGACUGUGGCUGUGAAGAAAAUCUUCGAUGCCUUUCGCAAUGUUACAGAUGCCCAGAGGACAUUUCGUGAGAUUAUGUUUUUGCGUGCCUUUCGCAAUCAUCCGAAUAUCAUUCAACUUCUGAGCAUUCAUCGCGCCUCGAAUCACAUGGACAUUUAUCUGUCCUUUGAAUACAUGGAGAGUGAUCUGCACAAUGUGAUCAAGAGGGGGAAUGUCCUGAAGGACCCACACAAGCGAUACAUCAUGUAUCAGCUGGUGAAUGCCAUCAAGUAUAUGCACUCGGGAAAUGUGAUCCAUCGUGAUCUGAAGCCCAGCAAUAUUCUCAUCGAUAGCCAGUGUCACUGCAAGAUUGCGGAUUUUGGUCUGGCGCGUUCUGUGGCGCCACGGCAGACAGACUCAAUGGCUGAUGAAGAGGUGGGAGAACUCAUCCUGACAGACUACGUGGCCACGCGAUGGUAUCGCGCACCUGAAAUCCUCGUGGCCAGCAAGCGAUACACCAAAGGCAUCGAUAUGUGGAGUCUUGGCUGUGUUCUGGGCGAAAUGAUCCGCGGUAAGCCUCUGUUUCCGGGCUCCAGCACGGUGAAUCAGGUAGAGAGAAUUGUGUCAGCGCUGCCGGAUGUCACACAAGCGGAUGUGAAGGCUGUGGGCGGAGGCUUCGGGACGGUGCUCUUAAACUCCACAGGUGCCAAGCACGGGAAGGACAUUGCCAUUGAUGACCUUCUCCAUGGUGGAGCUGAAGACGGGAUUGCUCUCACCAAGAUGCUCCUCAUUCUCGAUCCAGCCAAGAGAUUGACGGCCAAGGAAGCUCUUUCUCAUAGAUAUGUGGAAAGGUUUCGCAAAUCAAUAGAUGAGCCAGAACUCACGAAAAAUGUUUUGCCACCUUUUCGGGAUGAUGUUCAACUGUCGGUGAGUGAGUAUCGAUCGAAGCUGUAUGAAUUGAUGGCAGGAACGUCGUCCUUCACGCUGAAAAAUGGCACCGUGGCGAAUGGGAAGCCCAAAAGUCGCAUUCCCAAAUCCAAAGUGGAUGCAGAUAAGGUGGCGUGCAAGAAUGAGAUGAAUAACUACCGUAAAUUCGAAGUGAGAAGAAAGAGUCUCGUUCGAGAUGUUGGUGAGAAUAAGCUGAAGCCCAUUCAGAAUGUGCAGGAGAAAAAGGAUCAAUCGAUGGUGGAAUUGAAUACGGAGAUGAACAAGUGUCGCUUCCAUCGCAUUGAGAACAGCUCAAUUCUGGAUAAGAGACAUUCAUUGGAUUCACAACAAAGUGGGAAUCUACUGGCGAGGCGAAGUGCGGGGAAGAAUGGCUCCACGAAGGUGGCCUACAUAAGUCUCGAGGGACAUAACGGAAGUGCCAUCAAUCGGACUCUGCCACAGUCGCGAUUCACUGGACUCUGUCGUCACAAGAGUCUGGAUGAGAGCCUGUCGCCGGCCGAAGGGAAGCCCAGCAAGUGGUCUCAGCCACUCACAAAUGGCUCGAGUCUCUCGCAUGAGUACUACGAUUCCCGCUUGAAGAGUCUGGAGGAGAAGAUUCGCAAGCAUAAGCUGGAGAUGUCGUCGAUUAUGAACCAAAGCCAGAAGAUGAAGAUCGAGAAGUUGGACUGCGUGCCCAAAGUGAAUGGAACUGUGGGCAAUUUAGCGCCAGUGCGUCGCAGAAAACCCACGAAACUCGAUGGGCUUCCGAAACCCACCACGAAUCGCGAUCGUCAGUCAAAGCUGGAUUUCUACGGUGGUGGCGAUUGCUAUCCUAGUGGCAGUCCCAAGAAUGCCCUCAACAGUUGCGGAGUCAUCUCCACCAGGGAUUCCUUCAAGUUCCACUAA